AAUAAAUCGAAUUGAAAAAAGUUGUUUCAGGCAGAGAUGAAGUUCUCGAUUGGCGCCUUCACAUCUUUGAUCUACAGCCAACACCCACCCAUAGACACAAAAGGAUAUAAGACUAGGAAGAGAUGGUGGUGUUUGAAUCCGGUAUGAUGUUAUAAUGUCAUCCAAUCUCAAUCACAAUCUGAGAAUCCUCUGUGAAGAUGGUUGCUUGUGGAACGCGCUACACAUUCUGUUUACGACACAAAAGCCUGUUGCACACUUAUCUGCACAUCCCCGUCUAUUGCAGACCUGCCUUAAAAAGAAAACCCUUUCAAAGGGAAAUCAAAUUCACUCUAACAUCAUAACCAGUGACUUAAACUUGCCACAAACACAUUUCCACAAAACACUCUUAUCAACAUGUAUGACAGAUGCGGAAGUUUGGUGGAUGGUUGUAGAGUUUCGCACAGAUGGAUCAGCCAGACGUUUUCUCAUGGAAUGUGGUUAUUGCAGCUUGCCGAAGGCAUGGCUUUCCUCAAGAAGCUCUGGCACUGUUUCACCAAAUGCAACGAACAACUGUCCAACCUGAUCACUCCACCUUCUCCACUAUUCUCCUCAUUUGUGGCCACAUAGCAUCCGUAAAACAUGGUUUGCAAAUCCAUGGAAAAAUCAUUAGAUGUGGAUAUCAGACAGACAUUAUUGUGAUGAACUCUCUGAUAGACAUGCAUGCCAAAUGUGGAAGCAUUCAGAAAGCAUAUCAAGUGUUUGAAAACAUGCCUCAAAGAAAUGUGAUAACACGGACUGAAAUUGUUGCUGUAUAUACCCAAAAUGGGUUCUUUGAUAAAGCCCUGCAGAUUCUCAAGCAAAUGUCGCUGUCAGUUGUAAAUCCAAACACAGCAACCUAUGCCAGCAUCCUCCCAGCGUGUGCUCACAAGGGAGAUUUGGAACAGGGCAUGGAGAUUCAUUAAAAAAAUAACUGAAAGUGGAUUUCAGUUAGAUGUUGUAGUUGUGACAUCACUAUUAGACAUGUAUGCAAAGUGUGGAAGCUUAUUGAAGGCACGUAUAUUGUUUGACAGAAUGCCUCAACGAGAUGUGGCGUCCUGGAAUGCUGUAAUUUUAGGAUAUGCGCAAUAAGGACAUGUUGAUAAAGCCUUGGAACUUCUUGAACAAAUGGGAUUGGAAAAUUUAAAAACAAACUCAGCGACUUUUGCCAGCAUCCUUGCAGGUUGUGCCAAAAUGGGAGCUUUGGAACAGGGUAUGAAAAUUCAUCAAAGGUUAAUUGAAAAUGGACUUUCUAGGGAUGUUGUAGUUGUGACGGCCCUAAUAGACAUGUAUGCAAAAUGUGGAAGCAUACAAAAGGCACAAAAAUUGUUUGAGUAUUGCCUCAACGAAAUGUGAUCUCAUGGACUGCAAUCAUUGGUGGAGAUGCACAAAAUGGGUUUUUCAUUAAGGCUUUGGAGUAUUUUAAGGAAAUGCAAUCAGUUGGUGUAAAGGCUACUUCAGCAACCUUUGCUAGCAUCGUCCCUGCAUGUGCGAAAAUAGGAGCUUUGGAACAGGGAAUGGAAAUCCAUAAAAAAAUUAUAGAGAGUGAGUUCCCAACUGAAGUGGCUGUAUCUACCCUAAUAGACAUGUAUGCAAAAUGUGGAAAUACACAAAAGGCGUGUAAAUUAUUUGACAGAAUGCAUAAAAAAGAUGUGGCUUCGUGGCCUGGAAUGAUUGUAGGCUAUUCACAAAAUGGUAUUGUGAUCUGAAUUAUUUUGUUAAUUCAGGGUUAAAUAUCAAAAGAAGAAAUGGUGGUAUUGUAAAAACACAUAAUAAAUCAUCUGAAAGCUUCAUUUCAUUCAAUAUAUAUGUAAAAUCUAUACAAUUUUGGGCAAACUCGUGAAAGAGCUGUAUGCCCUUGAAUCUAUCCAAUUUGGGCAAACUCGUGGUGAAGUUGUAUGCCCAAGUCCAUACAGUUAGGCGAACUCGUGAAGGAGCUGUAUGCCUGUGAACUUCAUGAGAGCUGAAUCGGCUAACUCAAAAGACGAGAUGUAUGUCACAGCUUGACAAACUCGUCCUAAGAGUUGUAUGCCUGUAACUCUGUCUAUUGGAUUCGAAAUGAGCUUAUUUAUAAGCUUUCAAAGAAGCUGAACAGCCACUACAUUCAUGUCCUCAUGAGAAAUUGAAGAGACAAUCCAAUGUUGAAAGAUUAUUCCAUUUAUAUAAAGACAAAAAUUGGUUAAAUAAUAAAUAUUUCAUUUAAUUGAAUACUCUCACUUAUUUCUUAUCACCUUGUCAAUAAAGCCUCGGAGAUUUUCAAGCAAAUGCAAUAUGUGGGUGUAAAGCCAAACUCGGCAACCUUUGCAAGCAUUCUCCCAGCAUGUCCAAAAAUAGGAGCUUUUGAACAGGGUGCAGAAAUGCAUCAAAAAAUCACUGAGAGUGGACUAUUGUCAGAUGGGGUAGUUGUGACUGCACUGAUAGACAUGUAUGCAAAAUGUGGAAGCAUACAGAGAGCACACGAAUUGUUUGAAAAAAUGCUUCAACGAGAUGUGGCCUCAUGGAAUGUGAUGAUUGCAGCAUAUGCACAAAAUGGCCUUGUUGACAAAGCAUUAGACUUUUUUGAACAAAUACAAUUGACAGAUACAAAACCAAACUCCGUAACGUUUGCUAGCAUCCUAACAGUGUGUGCCCAAAAGGGAGUUUUGGAACACGGUAAAGGCAUCCAUCAAAAACUAAUUGAAACUAGUUUUUCAUCAAACAGUGUAGUUGUGACUGCCCUGAUAGACAUGUAUGCAAAAUGUGGAAGCAUACAGAAGGCACGCCAGUUAUUUGACAAAUUGUCUCAACGAAAUGUAAUUUCAUGGACUGCAAUCAUGGCUGGAUAUGCACAAAAUGGGGUUUAUGAUAAAGCCUUAGAAAUUUUCAAGCAAAUGGAAUCUGCAGGAGUAAAACUAAAUUCGAUGACUUUUGCCAGCAUUCUCCCAGCAUGUGCCAAAAUGGGAGCUUUGCAACAGGGUAUGGAGAUCCAUCAAAAUGUAAUUGAAAGUGGAUUUAUAUCUGAUAUUAUAGUUUUGACUGCCCUAAUAGACAUGUAUGCAAAAUGUGGAAGCAUUGAGAAAGCACACAAUUUAUUUGAGAAAAUGCCUCAGCGAAAUGUGGUCUCUUGGAAUGCAAUGAUUCCAAGACAUGCAAUGAAUGGUUAUAGCAAGGAUGUCCUGAGGCUCUUUGAACUAAUGAAGCAGUUUGGAAACAACCCCAACCAUAUAAGCUUUGUUUGUGUUUUAUUUGCUUGCAGCCAUGGAGGUCUAGUGGACGAUGGCUGUAAAUACUUUAGUCAUAUGAGGGAUUCUUAUUACAUCGCACCUACAAUUGAUCGUUAUGCAUGCAUGAUUGACCUUCUUGGUCGAGCUGGCUAUAUUGAGGAGGCCCUCAACUUUAUCUUUAAAAUGCCAAUAAAACCUAGUGUAGUUGUGUGGAUGUGUUUGCUUGGCACUUGUAAAUCACAUAAGGAUAUAAGGGUAGGAGAAUUUCUGGCAACAAACCUUUUCAAGUUGGAUCCUAAAAACUCUGCACCUUUUGUGCUUCUGUCAAACAUUUAUGCAGAAGUGGGCAAGUGGGGAAAACUUGAAAAGGUACGGAAGGUGAUGAAAGACAAAGGAAUUAAAAAGGUACCUGGAUGUAGUUGGAUUGAAGUCCAUAAAAUAGUCCAUACCUUUUGUGUGGGGGAGACAUCACACCCACAAACACAGGAGAUCUGUGCAAAGCUGGAGAAAUCGUCUUGGUAGAUGAAGGCAGCAGGUACAUUCCAGAUACAACCCCUAUAUUUAACAACGUAGAAGAGAAGAACAAGGAAUUACUACUCUACCACCACAGGGAGAAGUUGGCAAUUGCUCUAGGAUUGCUAUUAUAGUUGUCAAGAACCUUAGACUGUGAUGAGUGCCACAGUGUAACCAAGUUUAUCUCCAAGAUUGUUGCAAGAGAAAUCGGCGUGGGAAUUACUACUCUACCACCACAGGGAGAAGUUGGCAAUUGCUCUAGGAUUGCUAUUAGAGUUGUCAAGAACCUUAGACUCUGAUGAGUGCCACAAUCGGUGUGACAGAUGCAAACCGUUUUCACUAUUUCAGAAAUGGGCAAUGUUUUUGUGAAGAUUAUUGGUGAUAUUAUGCAAAACAACUUAUAAACACAUCAUGAACUAUAUCAAGGCAAAUGGAGGCAGACUCACACUGGUAAGUAGGAAUCAGGAAGCCUGUUCAGCUCUAGACUAAAAUACUGGAGGAGGAAAAAGAAUGGCAAACGUCGAAGGAAAGAAAUUGAAAGCUCUUCAGGAAGCAAUUCUCGAUCCAAUUCUCAGAUACGAUGGGAAGAGUGAAGAGUAUUUAUGGUCACUGGAUUUAAUACUGGAGGAACACGAGUAUGAAUAGUUAUAGCAGAACCCAUGAGAGCAAGGAAAUGAAAGACCUUACCAAGAUUGAUAGAAUUGCCGUUAUAGGUAAAAAUAUGGCCAUAUUGAUUCAUUCCUGUCAGCUGCAAACCCAAUAUAUGCUGACAGAGACAUUUACAUGAGUUGUAUGCCUAUUGAAUGCAGGCUUAACAUAAAUGGUCUGUGACAGACUAUGAAGUUUUAAUACAAAACUAUCUGCAAUAGUACCAACCUUCUUGCUUUUAUUGUAAAGGCUUAUUUAGCAUGUUGUAAUGAGUUACUUAAAGGGCAGUGAUGCUGAUAUCUUUGUAAAACUGUUGUAUACAAAAAAUAUUGUAAUAUGAACUGUAAUUAACAAUGUUGGAAAAUGGACAUGAUCAGAUCAGAACUAACUUUUAUGUU